GUGAUCUGUGUGAAAUGUAAACGCUUCGGCUGUUCGGCUUCGGCACCAUUGACUCUUCUGUCUUUACUAGUCUACUCUGUUCUACUCGGCACAUUUUUUGCUCUUAGCCAGAAUUAUACUAUCAGACUGUUUGUGUUUCAGACACAUUAAAAAAAAAAAAAAAAAUUCAAUUGAAAAUCUCUCUUUUUCUGUAUUUGUUCUAAAUGUUACUUUCUGAUUCUGAGCAUUCUCAAUAAAUACUUUUUAACCUAAAAAUAUAUAACUAAAUAUGGCUAAAAUUAUAGAUCCAGUGUUGGGAGUUAGCCUCAGAGAUUUAAUGUCAGAUGAUGGUAUGGUGUUUAAUUUUGGAAAUGAAUUUGCUGAAAAUAACGACGAUGAUACUUUUAAAUUUGAUCAAAAUAUUGAUUUUACGGAUGAUGAGUUGCUUAAAUUCAUGAAUCUUGAAAUAUCAGAUGACGAAAAUGAAAAUGAUAAUAAACAAAGCGGUAAUAAGAAUGAUGAUGGUGAUGAUGAAAAUUCUAAAGUUCCAAUGUCGCCAGGUUUUAAUUUUGAUAAAAUAAAAGAAAAAAUGAUAAAUUUACGUGAUGAUGGAAAAAUUAAAAAAUUAAUUCUUAAAAAUGGUAUUGGAGAAACAGUAGCUAAAGAUUCACAAAUAGUUAUAAAAUAUUCAGGUUAUUUAGAAGGUCAAGAUAAUCCAUUUGAUUCAACUUAUCAACGUCAUUGUGCUGAUCGUUAUCGGUUAAAUCGUGGCGAAUUAAUACAUGGUUUAGAAUUAUCAAUUCAAAGUAUGAAGAAACAUGAGGUAUCAGCAUUUUUAAUUGAUCCUGAUUUAGCUUAUGGUGAAAUAGGAUGUUGGCCAAAUAUUCCUGGUAAUUCAGAAGUUUUAUUUAUCGUUAAUCUAAUAGAUUAUGCAGACAAUAUUGCUGCUGAUGAUUACGAGUCACUUGAACCAGAAGAACGUAAAGUAUUUAAUAAAAUUGAAAAAUUUAUUGAAAAUUUAUUAUUGAUUGGUGCCGAUAAUUAUAAACGUGGACAAACAAAACGUGCAAUACGUGAUUACAAACGUGCUAUUGAUCGUUUAGAAGAAUCAAAAUUUAAUAAUAAUAAUAAUGAUGAUAAUGAUGAAGAAGAACGUUAUAAAUCAUUAAUAUCACGUGCCUAUCAAAAUUUAGCACUUUGUUAUAAUAAAGAGGAUAUGCCACGUAAAGCUUGUAUUGCUUGUAAUAAUGUUAUUAAUAAAACAGCUAAAACUUAUUUUCAUUAUGGACGUGCAUUAAUUAAAAUGGGAGAAUAUAAAGAGGCAUUAGAAAAAUUAAAUCUUGCAUUAGAAAUGAGUCCACGUAAUGAUGAAAUAAUGAAAGAAAUUGGUAUUGCUGAUAAAUUACAGCGUAAAAAUUUAAAAACUGAAAAAGAUAUGUGGUCAAAUUGUUUGGGUAUGGAAAAAUUAACAUCUGAAAUUAAAAAUAUUGAAUACAAAAAAAUAGCUAAUGAAUUUUGUAAUAAUUUUAUUAACAAUAAUGAUGUUAUAAGACAACCAUUACCCGAUGGAAUUGAUUUAUUACUUAAAGACUCUAUAAGAAAAGCAGCAUUAUUAUUGGAUAUUAAAGUUACAUCUGUCAAUAAAUAUGGUAAAGAAAGUCUUUAUCUUGAAAAAUCUAAUUAUCAGUAAUUAAAUUUAAAUAUUAUAAUUCAUUUUCUUUAUAAAUUUAUCCAAAUUUUAUUAUUCAUCAUUACAAUAAUGUAUUAUUUAAUUUAUUAUUGAUAUUACAUCAACAUAUAUAA